CGUCGCGGCCCUGGGGAUGGGCGGAGCCCCAGCCGCCUGAGCUGGUGGCCGCCGCCGCUGCGGGAGCCGGAGCAGCCACCUCUAUUCCCGCGCGUUGCUGCUUCUCAGGGCGGUGGUAUGCUGGGGAAAGGGGUAGUCGGCGGUGGCGGAGGCACCAAGGCGCCGAAACCCUCCUUCGUGUCGUAUGUGCGCCCCGAGGAAAUUCACACAAAUGAAAAGGAAGUAACUGAGAAGGAAGUAACUCUUCACUUGUUGCCAGGAGAGCAGCUGCUUUGUGAAGCCAGCACAGUACUGAAGUAUGUCCAGGAAGAUUCCUGUCAGCGUGGGAUCUAUGGGAAACUUGUCUGCACAGACUUCAAGAUUGCUUUCUUGGGCGAUGACGAGUCUGCACUGGAUAAUGAUGAAACCCAAUUUAAGAAUAAGAUUAUAGGAGAAAAUGACAUCACACUCCACUGUGUUGAUCAGAUUUAUGGAGUGUUUGAUGAGAAAAAGAAAACUCUCUUUGGACAACUGAAGAAAUACCCUGAGAAACUCAUCAUCCACUGCAAAGACUUCCGGGUAUUCCACUUCUGUCUGAGGUACACAAAAGAAGAAGAAGUCAAAAGGAUUGUCAGUGGCAUAAUUCACCAUACCCUGGCUCCUAAACUGCUGAAACGAUUGUUUCUCUUCUCCUAUGCAACUGCUGUGCAACACAAUAUGGCCACCAAUCCCAAGAACCAUACUGUGAUGUUUGACACACUUGAGGACUGGUGGUGGGAGCUGGAGCGGACCAAAGGCAGCAUGAAGUACAAAGCAGUGAGUGUCAAUGAAGGCUACAAAGUCUGUGAGAGGUUGCCAGCAUACUUUGCUGUCCCCACCCCUCUUCCUGAAGAGAACGUGUCACGCUUUCAGGGUCACGGCAUACCAAUAUGGUGUUGGUCCUACCACAAUGGAUGUGCCCUUUUGAAAAUGUCAGCACUGCCCAAAGAACAGGACGAUAGCAUUUUGCAAAUCCAAAAGAGCUUCUUGGAUGGAAUUUACAGGAUCAUCCACAGGCCACCCUAUGAAAUUGUCAAAACUGAAGACCUAUCAAACAACUUCCUGUCCCUGCCAGACAUCCAGACCGCAUACUCUAAGUUUAAGCAGCUGUUUCUGAUAGAUAACAGUACUGAAUUUUGGGACACAGAUAUAAAAUGGUUUUCUCUGUUGGAAAGUAGCAACUGGCUUGACAUCAUCAGACGUUGCCUGAAAAAAGCAAUAGAGAUUAUAGAAUGCCUAGAAGCACAAAACAUGAAUGUUCUUCUUUUAGAAGAGAACACUUCCGACCUCUGCUGCCUCAUCUCCUCGCUGGUGCAAGUGAUGAUGGACCCUCAUUGUAGAACCAGGGCUGGAUUCCAGAGCCUUGUCCAAAAGGAGUGGAUCAUGGGCGGGCACUGUUUUCUGGAUCGCUGCAACCAUCUGCGUCAGAGUGACAAGGAGGAGGUUCCCGUGUUCCUGCUCUUCCUGGACUGUGUCUGGCAGCUGGUGCACCAGCACGCCCCUGCGUUCGAGUUCACGGAGACGUACCUGACUGUCCUGUCCGAUAGCCUGUACAUACCUAUUUUUAGCACCUUCUUCUUCAAUUCGCCUCAUCAAAGAGAAACUAACAUGGGUAGGGAAAGCCAGGACACACAAAGCAAGCCUUUGAGUCUGCUCACCGUGUGGGAUUGGUCUGUACAGUUUGAACCCACAGCCCAGACGUUGCUCCAGAAUCCGCUGUAUGUGGAAAAGCCCAAAAUGGACAAAGGCCAGCGGAAAGGAACACGUUUCAAACUGGACCAGAACUCCCUGAGCUCCGGAACUGCUUGGCCAGAGCAUCAACGACAGCUUUCUUUGCCACUCACCCAGUCUAAGUCAUCUCCCAAGAGAGGAUUUUUCAGGGAAGAAACAGAUCAUUUAAUUAAAAACCUUCUGGGCAAGAGAAUUAGCAAACUAAUUAAUUCUUCUGAUGAGCUGCAAGACAACUUUCGAGAGUUCUAUGACAGCUGGCAUAGCAAGCCCACCGACUACCACGGUCUGUUGUUGCCUCACAUCGAGGGGCCAGAAAUCAGAGUCUGGGCCCAGCGCUACUUGCGUUGGAUUCCAGAAGCCCAAAUUCUGGGUGGUGGCACAGUGGCCACCAUGAGCAAACUCUUGGAAAUGAUGGAGGAAGUACAGAGCUUACAAGAGAAAAUCGACGAGCGACACCACCACCAGGAGGCCCUCCAGGGAGAGGCCCGGUCUCUGCUGAGGAACUCUGUCCGCCUGUCCUCUCUGUUUCCUUUUGCUUUGCUGCAGCGACAUUCCUCUAAGCCUGUCUUGCCCACCAGUGGUUGGAAAACUUUAGGAGAUGAAGACGAUCUGGCCAAACGAGAGGAUGAGUUUGUGGAUCUAGGGGAUGUAUGACCUGUCUGUUCAGUGAUUGUGAAAGAGGUAUCUUGAAGACUGGGACAGGAGUCCAACACUUUGACACACUGACCUCUGGACUGGUGUGUCACACUGAAGCCCACUGCUGGGAGGGAGGGCCAUUAGUUAGCCCAGAGCUCUGGAGGAGGAAACCUGGGCCUUUAGGAAAAGAGCUGGUUCUCUUUUCUUUUUUUUUCCUCUCAUGGUCCUGAAAGACUAUGCAAUUAAAACCAUGUCUCUAGUAUUAUUAAGUGAAAGGAUUACUACUUGACCCAUCACAGAAUUGCAGCAGUUGUCUGAUGCACAAGUGUUAUACAGAAUCUGCAUUAGCUGGUUUACUCUACUAAAAAGGGCUUUGGUAAGAUAUUCUUGGACUCAUUUCUUUCUUCAGAUCCUGCCAGUGCCAAGAUAAUUUAUCCAGUCCCUGGGAAUAGUCAGUGUUUUUCUAACCCAUCUCACUUCGGAGCAAGUUCAGCCUUAUUUAAUGUGUAUAUGGCAAAUGAAAGGAUUCGGAUCCAGGUAUUGAGAUGUGUGGCAUUCACUUAAACCACAGCAUUUUUUCUUUCUGCAUCCUCUUGCCUGUAGAAAGCUGGAGAAAUCCCGCCCGUGUCACCCAUCCUGACAUUUCAGACCACACGCCCUCCUGCACAGGCCGUGUGGGAGUGCUGGGCUAGCCAGCCACACCACCCUUGACCAGGUGCCGCUGUCUGCAGGUCCCUGCCUGCUCCAUACCACGCCCACCGUCCCUCCAUGCUGCCUGCCUUCGGUGCCCAUGGUUCCCGGGUCUUGCUGCUAAACCUGGUGGUUAAACUGGGGACUCUCUUUGGUCUGCUCAGAGGAGCUUCCACUCUUCUGGAGGCUCUCAGUGUUUGCAGGUAACUGCUUUGCCUUUUCCAGUAGCAUGUUGAGGCCUCGGAGCAUUUGUGACCGUGGUCCCCUGCGGCAGCCCCUCAGAUGGUUUCCCCAUAUUCUCUGUCACCUGACAGACAGAUGAGGAUCACUUGUGAAUGUGGCUUUCAUAGGGAAGCUGUUAAGCAUAAAUAUCAGAAGUGAUGGUUAUCACAUAGUACCUCAGCGAUUUAAAAAAGCCAUAGAAGAAAGUUAACUGUGUCUGGUAACCUUCUUACAUCUGCUGUCCAAAUGAUCUAUAUUUUUAAAUGCAGGAAUGUACACUUCAUAAGGACCAGUUUUUUCAUUCUCAAUGGAACCCUGUUAAAUCCCACUAAAGGAAGGGGAAGGGGAAGGGGAAAAAAUCUAAUGUUAGAAUGUUUCAAAUUGAAUGUUUGCCUUUAAUAUACAUUUACUCUCCAGUAUAUAUCCCAAUAUAAAUAGUACACGUUUAGAAAAACUUUAGUUGCUUGAGGGCAAUAAGAAACUUUGAAACUAUUGACAAAGAAGAGUUUCUCAGUUUGCACUGAAUCGUCUUUUGUACGUACUAGAGACUGCUUCGCCACCCCCACUCCAUGUGGACACGAGCCAGGUUGGUCUGUGAAGAUGACCAGAGGCCGAGGGGAGGGCAGGAUUCAUGCACUGGGGGCCAAGCACACAUCCAGUCUCAGUUGCCUUAAGAGUCUCACUAGGGAGGUCAGUGUUAGGCUUGCAAUAGGGAUUUAAAAAAUACACUAGUUCAUUAGCUGCCUUCACAUAUGCUCUGUGGGCCUUCUUAAACUAGCACUAACCUCCACUUCUCACAUUGCCUCCCAAAUACACUAUGGAGCUAACUAUUUUUGUUGCCGUAUUAUAACGUGAAUGGUUAUACAGUGGCCUCUUCAGUCUUAGGAUCUUAGUAAUUUUCAUUCAGAAAUGCCCGGUGUAAUGCUUUACACUUCACAAGGAUGGUUUAAAGGCACAAGUUCAUGGCCCUUGUCAUAGCAGUUGAAUGUGCAUUGAAAUAUUUUUCUAUGACUUAAAAAAAUUAUAAUAGAAAAAUAAGCUGUUAUAACAUGGAAGGUCAUGACAAUUUAUGUAUUUAUAUUUGAAAUCAGAUUUUUAUAAACUUGUAUUUGUGUACAGAAUUCUCAGUGGGUUUAUAUAUUGUGACAUUUUUAUUCAAGAUUAAAAUGUGGGUUAUGCUUAACAGUUAAAGCAGAAAUGAGACCAUUUGCUUUGUUUAAAAUGCUGCACUGUGCAAAUUUGGAAAUGUACAUUAAUUUACUGUAUAUAAUAUCUCGAGUUUGUUUAUACCUCCAAGUUUUUACACUGAAGAUAAAUUAGCUUUAAUUACACUUAAAACUUUUUUUUUUUUAAGGGAAUAAGCUGUUGGGCUAAAUCUGUAUAAAUGUGCUUUUUAUUUUCUGGAUGUUCAAUGAAAGUUUAUACUUGUAUCUCACUGCAUCGUAUCUGAUUGCAGAAAUUAAAGCACA